CAAUUUCUACGACGAAAAGAUGUCGUCCACGCGUACAAGAACGCGGUGGGUCAGGCUGUCCAUCGGCGAGAUCCACUACACGCAGAACUCGAUCGCCUGUGUGUUUUCGGGAUUGAACGUUAAGCUUGGUGGAAGAAAUUAAAAUAUGCAGCUCUUUUCUUGUGAGGAUUUAAAUUGUUCGUUUUUUUGGACUUGCUUCAAGUACAUAUUGGAACAAGCUGCUCUAAGAACCACAGGCCCUACUCCGAACGUGGGAUUGUGUUACUAAGGGAUCAUUUCCGAACGCUGGCCUCUCCUGACGACUGGUUCGAUAAGACCAGAGCUCAUAUUACG